AUCCUACAAUGGAAAAUGUCCUUUUAUCACAAUUAUCACUACACCAGCAACCUUGCAAAAUCAAAGUUCGUAUCUGCCGGAUUUGGGAAUCAACUACUCCAUAUUCAAAGGGAGAUAUUUUCAGUCUAGAUUGUCUAUUGGUAGAUAAGGAGGAGUUUUCGAUGCAAGCAACGAUACGCAAGCAAGACGCAGAAGACCUUAAAUGCCGGAUUACAGAAGGCAAGGUGUAUGUAAUAGAGAAAUUUAGCGUAAUUCCAACUAGGAAAAAAUUUGUGGCUGUCGAUCGUUAUUACAUGAUUCAGUUAAGUAAGUCGACACAGUUUACUGAAGUUGAAGAUGAUUCAGAAGGAAUCCCAUUACACAGUUUUAAUUUCUCAACGUUUUACGAAAUUAAUAAGAAACAACACAACGAUUCGAUUUUAACAGAUGUUGUUGGAAAAAUUGCGGCUAUCGGUGAAAUAACCCACAGAUAUAUUAGCCAAUCACUACCUCCAAUCAGAAAUUUAGAGAUAGAAGAUUUUGAGAGAACCACUAUGCCAGCGACGUUAUGGGAUAGAUUUGCGACAGAUUUUGAUGAGGCGAAUAUUUACGAGGAAGAGAAAAGCACUCCUAUAAUCAUAAUUCUUGCUGGAAUGACAGUUCGAACAGAAAGUACAUUUAUCGACAUGCUCAGCAUCGAAGAUAUAUUUUAACCUCAAAAUCCCUGAAGUUCUGGAAUUUCUGAAUAGGCAAGGCGAAGAACCUAAUGCAAUCCAACGCAUAACUUAUGGUGAACAAAAAAUCAUUUCUCCUCUAGAAGAAAUGUGCCAAAAUAGAAAAAAAAUUGCUGAGCUACUAAACCCAGACCUUUCUGAUUUCGGAGAUGUAAAGUUCACAUGCGAAGCUAAAAUUGUGAAAAUCGAUACAUCCUAUGGCUGGUGGUAUAAAGCAUGCCAUAAUUGUAAAGCAGCCGUGAAGGAAUGUGAUGAUAUAUUCUGGUGUGCCCG